AUGGAAGGGAAAAAGUCUGUUGCUAUUAUAGGCGCGGGGAUUUUCGGCCUCUCUCUGGCGGUUGCUCUUCGAGACCGACAACACAAUGUCACCGUAUUUGAAAGAAGCCGAUAUGAUCAGAAUGAAUAUUCGCCCGAGGAUAAAGAUGUCCAAGCCGCUUCGGCAGAUCUUAAUAAGAUUUUUCGAGCCUCGUAUGGAAACGAAAUCCACUACCAGCGCUUGGCUAUGGAAAGUCGAAAAGCCUGGGUCUCGGAAGAUGAGAAGCGAGGAUUUCCUGAGCGGGCAUCGAGCGAGCAGAGACUUUUCGUGAACAGCGGAAUGCUACGGGUUCAGCCUUCAAGUACGCUCAGUGCCUUGGAAAAAGAGACCCUAGAAAAUAUGGAGCGUGAUGGUCUACGGGACACCCAGUUCGUGAAAAGUAGCCCAGAUGAUCGCCAGCGUGCUCAAAGCUUAGGAUGGCAAGCCAAGUUGCUGGACUUUGACAUCCCCAAUGCUUCUCCCAAAGUAUCGUAUGAGUCUGUUCUGGACUCAACUGCUGGCUUUGUGAGAUGCAGCAAGGCCUGUGCACAUUAUCAAAAAGUCGCAGCAGAAAAAGGGGUGAAAUUCUACUUUGGCCCCGAGGUGGGGACAGUGAAGGAACUGAGGAAGGAGCAGAGCGACACGGCCGGGAAGCCCAAAGUAACAGGCCUAGUCACGAAGAAUGGAACUGUUCAUGAUGCUGACAUUGUUGUGGUGGCCGCGGGGUCUUUUUCUACCCAAAUCCUCCCAGACCUGAGCUAUCAUCUGGAGUCAUCUGGAGGUAGCAUUGCCACAUUCAAGAUUGACCCGAAUGAUACCCAACUAUGGGAGAAAUACUCACCAGAGCGCUUCCCUGUGAUUACCUGGAAGACGCAGCCGCGACCAGACUCCGGGAAAGACACUGGGAGCAUCUACGUGCUCCCUCGUACGCCCGAGGGCCUUGUGAAAAUCGGAUAUCGAGGGACUAAGUAUACAAACUUCCAGGACGCGCCCGACAACACACCAUUCACACAGGAUGGCCAAUGGUCCAUUCCGCUGUCCCCAGAAGAGUCACUGAAGCUCCCAGAGAAGUCCGUAUACUCUAUCAAGCAGUUUGUGUCCAUAUUCCUCCCGGAAUUUGACGGGGUUCCAUUUCACUCAACCAAGCUUUGCUGGUAUACGGAUUCGCUAGAUAACUCGUUCGUGAUCGACUACGUCCCUGAAUACGCGGGAAAAUCUGUUUUCGUUUGUACAGGAGGCAGUGGCCACGGUGCCAAAUUUUUGCCCAUCCUAGGGCGGCACGCGGCGGAUAUACUAGAGCGGCACGAAGAAAGUUCGUCGUUCAUGCGCCCGUUUUGGCGAUGGAGACCUGAUGUAGCUCGGAAGAACGGCCUGGAAGAAGGGCCAACAGGAUCACGGAAUAUCGGGAAUCCCCACGCGUCUUGA